AUGGGGGCCAGGGCAGAUAUCAAGGCAAGUGCCAAUGGCAGGUGCACUGACAGCUUUGGUGUGGUCCUGGCUGUUGGUGUGCAUUACUAUGACUGCUGGAUCUUGCCAUGGACAUGUAGCUGUGGAGGCCUGAUGGGGGCCAGGGUUGUCCCUUGGUACCCAUGGGAGAUUGGUUACAGGACCUGCCCCAAAUACGAAAAUCUGCGGAUGCUCAGGUCCCAUAGUUGGUUCUCCAUAUCCACGAGUUCUGCAUCCUCAGAUUUAGCCAAUCAUGGAUUGUCAGAGAUGCGUGGGAGUGGAAGACACGGCAGAGAACUUGAAGAACAUUUCUGCUUUUUAGCACUUCCUCAGAGUGAUGUGGCUGAGAUAUAUCAGAAUGGAAUAAGUACCAGAACAUCUACAUUGAAGAUACUAGGCAACCCUCUUCUUGGAAUUUAUAUAUUUAGACAUGUUGAUGUGGCCUUAAAUUUUGCUCACAGUAGAAGCAUUACUGUAGAAAGUAUUAUAAUUUUUAAGGUAUACUUCUAUGAAUAUAAUAAUCUUUCAAAGCCAGUAGAUAAACCUAGGCAGUGUCUUCCAUAUGCAAUAGUAACAGUAAAAUUUAUUGGUCAAAAAGUAGAUAAAGGACACCUUAUGACAUCUUUGAGACUCCUCUCAACAGGAUUUCCUAAGAGGGCUGAAAGAACAUGGUCUCUGAAUAACUGUACAGUGGCCAAAAGAAUUGGAAAAGGAAAAGAUGCUACUGUCAUCUUUGAGCAUUUCAGGAAACCUAUAGAUCCAUUUGUUCAGGAAAACUGUUCAUGCAGUACACUAAAUUCAGAGAUAAAUCCUUACAACUCACAUAUUUCUAACUCCUAUGGAAAUGUGCAAAAUGAAAACAUUUCUGUACUUGAAGCAUACAGUGGACAGAUGGAGCACAAUUCAGCAGAAUGUAGAGACACUUCUCAAGUACAUGCACAUGAUUCAGGUCUUUCAUUGAUUCCCAGUGAUACCAGAGAAAGUGUUAAUAAUGAUGACCUCUUAAAUUUGACACAUCUUAAAGAUGUUUUAAGUGGUUUUGUUCCUGCGUUUCCCCUUCAUAACAAUAUUGGCUCGAGCAUAGUUACUACUUCAAAACUCAUCAAAGACCCAAGACUGAUGAAGAGAGAAGAAAGCAUGGGAAAACAUAAUACUAUUACAGGUUUAAAUGAGAUUUUGCCAUUUGACAAGAGUUUAGAUUUUGCUAAUUCAGAAAUAAACCUAUCAUCUAUGCCAACUAAUCCUGCCUCGUCCUCUGAAGUCAUGCCUGGUGAUCAGACUGUUCUUACUAAUUAUUUGGAUGCCCCUUGCUUCAAAAUUUCUUUGAAUGAUUCACAAACCCAGGCUCACAACAUGGGCUCUAAGACCUAUGAUUGUACAACUCCCAGUAAAAUUACCAUGGCAGAACAGUGUAAGAGCCACGAUAAUUUUUCCUUCCCAAUGUGUGUGUCAAAUGUAGUCUCAGAAGUUGAAAUCCAAGAACACAGUGGAGAAAAAGCUCAGAGAUCCCAGCAGAGAAACAACACUCCACUUUUAAUUGAACAAAAUAGUGAGCCACAUGACUCUUAUGAAUCAGUGAAUACUUGUACAAAAGUAUAUGAUAGUGACAUCUCUCCGGAAUCACAGUCUUCUAAUUUUAAAACUAUAUAUCAGACUGGUCACCAAAUGCCUACACUUUUUCCGCUCGAAAGCAAAGAAAGCAUACAUGAGUACAUUCAAGAUACUGGAAAGACGAGAAACGUCACUGGGCCAGAAGACAAUUCCAAACAUGAAGAAAAACAAAAUGUAUGGAAAGAAAGUGAUAAUUCUUUUACUAAUAAAACAAAAAUCAGUCCCGUAGAUAGUUACAUUUCUUUGCAUCAAGACGACAAAAAGAAUGAGAAUCUUGAUGAUUUGGUGGAAAAUUGUGAUCAAAUAUUAAUUACUCAAGGGUUAGAAAAGCCAAAAUCUUUCUCAUCUACCACAGAGGAGAAGUAUGAGCUAGAUCACCUAGUAUUGGAAAUACAAAAUCAUCUUACUCCAAGACUGGAGAACCUUUCACAAAAGCAUCCUCAGCACUCUUUAGAGUACAAAGAUAACGUUCAUACAAGUUUUACCGUUUCUCAAAAACGAAUGGAACUGAAAUUGGAAAAACCAGAUCAAAACUGUGUUAGUGUUAUGACUGAUGCUUUGCAGGAAGCAAAAGACAUUCCCCAGGCCAAACAACUGCCGGCUCUUACUUCAUCUCAUGACGUUAAAACAGCUCAUAAUGCAAAUUGCAGCAUAGCUAGAGAACAUAUAUGUGUUAAAAGGAGAAAUGGAAAUGAUCCAGUGUCCUUAGUGAACAGUGAAAGAGACUGCAAAGAAAAUUCUCAAGUUAACAAUAAAGAUCAAGAUCACACUCAGUUCUGUAAUUCACAGUUGAACAGUGAUGUGCACCUGAAUAUUGAUUGCAGAGAACAGAGAGAUAAUGGUAAAGAAAACCAGAAUGAGGAUGAAGUGGAAGACAUUGCUUUGUCUACAGAAAACAACAUAGGGAAUAUACAUGGAGAUGAGAAGCAGAGUUUUCAUGCAAACAAAAAUUUUACCACUGUAGAUGAAAGGAGGGAGAAUAAAGAUUACAAUAGCAUAGAAAUUCUGAGUUCUGAAGAAUUUUCUACUACAUUUAAUUUGACUUGGGGAAAAAAAUAUGUGUCCACAGAAUCUACAUUAUUAGAAAAUGAAGAUACCGUAACUGCCAUAAAAGAAAAAGAUACUGGAAGGACUGUAGAGCAUUUGAUUUCCACAACAUUUCCCCAGAUUGCAGGUUCUUCAGGGCAUAUAGCCUCACAUGCUGUAGUUCAGAUAGCUGAUGCUCCAGUGCCUGCAUUAGGCACAAAUCUCGAAAAUCACCGAAGAUACCAGUUUAAAGAAACUUGUUCUUCUGAGAGUCCAGAUUUUGGUUUGUUAGUAAAAUAUAGGGUUUCUGAUUGUGAAACAGAUAUGGAUAAAAAUCAGUUACACAAGUCAUUUCAUCAGUCAGUAAGCGACAACUCAGUUCUUCAAAACAUCAAAUUGGAUAAUGAGAUUGAAGUAGGAUCAGAACGGAGUGACAGUGCUUUUCUAUUUCAACAGGACGCUCAUAGCCAUGGAAAUGUACUCUAUGAAGAUUUCGGGCCCUCAUACAAGGCUCUGAGAUCUCGCAUCGUUUGGGAAGGUCUGUUAGGAAGCACUAAUGGGGAGACAGAAGUUUUGAAAAGCACCGCAAAGAGGGAGAAUAGCGAUCAGCAUUGCUCUGAGGAAAGUAAUUUUUACUUCUCUACAGCAAAAAACAAAGCAGAGCUCUUCAACCCAAUUUUUCUUCCUGAUCUAGAAGUUAGGAUUACUAAUGUAUUUAUGCAAGGAUUCAGUACUGCUGUUGAAUCCCUUGCAUUGAAAGAUAAUUUCUGCAAAUAUAGAACUGAAGCCAUAAAAUCAGAAAUAAAGGAGGAGGAGGAAGACGUUCCACGAUUUGAAAUCCAUUCCCAGUGUUCUGGUGAAAAUUCACAUCAUCCAUCGGAAGGUGAAUUUGGUAAUGUAAGGCAAGAAUCAGGACUAGUGAGUAAAUCUGAAACCUCACUUUCUGAAAAGCAAAACAAGGGACCUUUGCUUACUGAACAUUCUAAUGUCACAACAGUAAAUAACGAAAGCAGGCGUUCCUUUACAAAGUCAAAAACCGAUUGUAAUGAUACUAGAAGUGAAAAGGACACAGAAUCAAGAAUUAGCAAAAGAAAGCCACAUACACCUUUUAGGGACCAGAAUAUACCACAUAAAGAUUUAAGACAUCACGAAAUUUGUGGGAAUAGGAGGAGGCUAACCAGUCAGGACUUGUUGGAACGUUUUUCUUCAUUAUCCCAAGGACGAAUUGAAACCUUUUCACGGUCAGAAAAACACAUUAGGAGUGUCCCGGAUAUUCUAACUAGUGAAGCACCUUUAUGCAAAAGCAGAUGUCUUUCCAGAAAACUUGACAGAGCUGUUCGUCACUUAAAAAAAGCUCACAGAAGAGUUCACACGUCUUUGCAGCUUAUAGCUAAAGUGGGAGAAAAAAGAAAGGGCCCUUUACCAAAAGCAUAUGCAGUAAUGUGCAGUAAUUUCUGGGAAAGUUGUGACCUUCAAGGUUAUAGUUCUGUGUCUGAAAGAAGAUAUUACUCCACUAAGCAAUUUUUGUCAAAAAGAAAAUAUGACAAGCCUGGAGCGAAAAGGGCUUUGGGAUUUGAAGUUGAUAAAUCAUUAACUCAUGUAUCAAACCACAAGUCUUAUAAAACAAGUGGAGAGAGAGUCACAAAGUCCCUUUCUGAGAAAAAUGUGUCCGGUGUCUCCAGAAGUCCCACCACUAUUCGCGUGAGAGGAUAUUGUGAUCAAGAGUAUCCUGAAUCACAGUUAGCCCUCUGCUCCAGGUCCCAAAGUACAAGUCAGUCAGCUUAUAGCACUAGCAGUUUGAGAAAUCCCAGAUCAUCAGAACUUCAGCCCUUUUCUAGAAAAACUGGGUGUCUCUCUUCCCCAGACUGCCCAGAUGAGAAACUAACUAAAAGAGAAAAUCAAAUUGAUGCAGAGUUUUUAUCUAACGUUAGUAAAUAUGAAAAGCUUAAGAACCAUUCAGCACAUGGUAAUAUUAAGGGUACAACAAAAGAAAACAAUUCUGAAGCUAAUGAAGUAAUAAGUAAAAGGAAUUCAGUAUCUUUAAUUCGCAUAAAAGAAAGCAACGUAAAUUUUAGUGUGGACAAAAAUUAUGAUGCAACUUGUAUAGCCCACACAAAGGUGAAAACUGAUACAGUUAUUUCAGUCUUAGAAUCAAGUGUGAUGCAUGUUUUUAAUAUUGAUAUCAACAAACCAAAUAACCUUAUUUUAUCUGGUUAUACAAGAAACCUGGAAGUAAAUUUUCCUAUAGAAAAAUGGACAGCUCCUAAUGAGAGCUCCAAACCAGGCAUUACAGGAAACUUCCUUAUGGACCCAUUAAAUCUAACUCUGAUAAAAAGCAAAAAGUGUAACAGUAUUCCUCAAUUGUUAUCAGCCACUCUAGUGACAGACAGUGAGGGAGAAUCUUCACAACCUUACCUGAAUAAACAGAGCAUUUUUGCUGUAGAUUCUUCAGCAGUGUCUACUAUUGUACCACACUGUCAGCAAGGAUGUGCUGGAAAGGAGCUGCUAAAGACAGAACAUUGCUCUUCAAGUAAUUGCUUCCACAUAGACGGGAAUGGAACAAAUGUUAUUGAGAAUUCUGAGUUGGAUUUCAUAUCAGUAGGUGAAGAAAGUAAGGACAAUAUGAUGAAGAAACUAUUUUCCCAUGAUAGUUUUCUGCUCUUAAAAGGUAACAUAAAGGGUUCUUCUUCCCCAAAAUGUAUUGCAAAGAAAGACAUUCAGGACAGAAAAAUGUGGAAAGAUAAACAAGCAGAGAAAGCAAAAGAUUCAUUUCACAAAACCAUGGCUGAAGGAUCAAGUGUUAAGACUGAGUACAAAAAUCAAAAGAAUAAGACAUUAGAAGAAUCCUCCUACUUAAGUGAGAAAACAGUUAAAGACCACUUGAUUGAUUCUCAUUUAAGCAUUAAAGAUGCUACUGAGGCAGUCUCUUUGAGUAACACUGCUUCUAAUCAGCUUAGCAAAAGAAAGAAAGAGGAGGGAAAAGUUAGUCAUGACUCUCAGUCUGACUCCACAAUGCGCUCAGGAAGAGCCUGUAAUUGCAAACCAGGCAUUAAAGGAAUGAAUCAUAUGCCUCUUCUACAUGCCCACUCUGAAACCUCCAACGUCUCUCCUCCUCCGAAGAUGCCUGCAUCAUACAUGAAUGAAUUAAAAGAAGAACAUUGCUUAACUAAUAAUUUGGCUCCUAUAGCUAAGAUAGCUCAAAUUUUGAAGAGGGCAGAUGAAGCAUCAUCUUUGCAGAUUCUACAGGAAGAAACUGAAGUUUGUCAAAAUAUUCUUCCUUUAUUUGUUGAAGCUUUUGAAAGAAAACAAGAAUGUUCAUUUAAACAAAUCUUGAUUUCAAGAGACCUGUUGGUAGAACAAAACCUGUGGUAUAACUGCAGACACAAACUAAAACCGUGUGCUCUUGACUCCUUGGUAGAACUCCAAAUGAUGAUGGAAACUAUUCAGUUCAUUGAAAACAAAACAAGGCUCUUAGGAGGUGAGCCAACAUUCCGAAGCUUGCUUUGGUAUGAUGAGACAUUGUACAGUGAGCUGCUUGGCAGACCACGUGGGUUUCAACAACAAUCCAAUUUCUAUCCUGCUUUUCAAGGCAGGUUAAAAUAUCAUGCGUUCUGUGAGUUGCAAAACUAUCAUGAUCAGUUGGUUGAAGUGUUUGAAGAAACCAAAAGGGAAAUCAGUUCAUACUACAUGUUCUUAAAAUACAAACGACAGAUUAAUGAGUGUGAGGCAGUAAUGAAACAUUGUUCUGAUUGCUUUGACUUUUCUCUUUCUGUUCCAUUUACCUGUGGAGUUAACUUUGGAGACAGUUUAGGAGACCUAGAAUCCUUGAGAAAAAGUACAUUAAAUCUGAUCAGUAUAUACGGGGACUCUCCCCAAAAUGAUUCCUGUCCAGGAAAACAAGACCAUCUAUGGAUUAUUAUAGAAAUGAUCUCCUCAAAAGUUAAUUUUAUCAAGAGCAAUGAGGCAGUAAGUAUUAAAAUAUCUCUUUAUGGCCUGGAACAUAUCUUUUUUGAUGCUGCAAAAAGUCUUGUUUGGAAAGAAAAGAGAGAGUCGUUCUGCAAAAAAUACUCAGGAAAGAACAGCAAAGAAAUACUACUCAAAAUGAAUCAACAUGCUUUUUCUAAGUUGCAGAAGAUAUGUGAUACGUUGUCUAAAGAUUUAAGCAGUGAACGCAUUUCCAGUACUGGGCUUGAGAAUACUAUGAUUGCUUCCAGAAAGUCAAAUGCUCUAGUAAACAAAACAACAAUUAGCACAGAAAACUCUAGGUUUAACAGUACUUUGCUUUCACAUCCAGAUAUCUGUUGUAUUAGUGAAAUAUUGGAUCAAGCUGAAUUUGCAGACUUUAAAAAACUACAGGAACUCACUUUGAGAUGUACCGAUCACUUAGAAAUUUUAAAAAAAUACUUUCAGUUGCUGCAAGAAGAUAACAUAGAUAAUAUUUUUAUCACACAAGAAAAUGUUUUGGAGAUGGUGAAAAACGACAACCAUGAGGCAGUAAUUUUAAAACCUGUGGCCAUUGAAACCUAUAUUGAAAUCGUCAUGCUCUCAGAAACAGUUCACUUUCUUAAAAACUCAAUGGCAAAGAAACUAGACAAACAGAGGUUUCGAGGUAUGCUUUGGUUUGAUUUGUCACUUCUUCCUGAACUGGUUCAGUGCCAAGAAAAAAUGACUUCUUUCUCAUUUCUUAAAGAUAAUUCAACAGAUUGUCUUUGGAAAGUGAUAGAGACUGCUAUUUCUGAACUUAAGAAUGAUCUGGAUAUUAUCUACAAAUAUAAUGAAGCUGUUAAUUGCUCCUAUGCUCUUCAUUUGCUCUCAAGAGAACUUGAAGAACUUUCAGAAAUAAAAACACUUCUAAAGAAGUCUAAGUAUUCUGUUUCCACAUACAUUGACUUUGUGCCAUGUAUAGCAUCCAUAAAUUACGGAAGGACUGUGACAGAGUUAGAAUACAACUACAAUCAGUUUUCCACCCUGCUCAAAAAUGUGAUGGCUGCCCCUCGGAAGGACUUAGGGAAAAUGGCCCAUAUUAUGAAAGUCAUGAAAACUAUUGAACAUAUGAAGAUAAUAUGUGCUAAAAAUGCUAAAUUAACCAUUUCCUUUAUCCUGUGCCAAAUGCGAUAUAACAGAAAGAAGACUUUGCACCUGGAGAGAAAGGAAGAAAUGAAUAUUCAUGUAAAACCUAGGAAGAAUAUCAACAAGUCCAGUACUUGUGUGAAGGUGCCCUCAAUUUCACAGUGCAUAAUGAAAAACGUUUCAUAUUCCUCUAUAAAACGACCUUUCACUGUAGACAAAUGUGAAGACCCUCAGGAACAAGAGGAAAAUACUACCGUUUCCAGUUGUAAAAAACAAAAGGUUAACAUGAAAGAUGUCACAAAAAUCAACAGAGAAAAGGCAACAUUCAAGCAUCCAAGGACUAUGAGAUCUCAUCCCGAAAGUGAAAAUGAAAUAGGAUGAAGUUCAUCUAACAAUCUGAAAAGAAACCAUGUCUCUCCAAAAAAAGUUGAAUUUCAGCUAUCAUUACCUGGCUCACUUUUACCUUUAAAGAACCUAAAAGACACUUGUAUGUCAAAGUUAGAGGGAAAAAUAGAUUUAACUAAUAUUUCAUCUGCUACUUCAGAAGAUUUCAGUGGACAACAGGGAAGCUUAAAUAACAUGAAGGAAAGAAAUGUAAAUUUUAGUGUUGCUGAAACAAAAAGUGAAGAUUGUUCUCCUUUGGCAAUUUCUGACCCAAAACGUGUAGAUGGCACAUUUUCAAAAGACCAGGAGAUAACUUCUCAGAAAUUUCUUAAGAAUUCCUCAGAUCCUGCAGAGAAAUCUUGUCUCUCAGACAUAAAACCAGAAACUGAUGCUUCUCUUCUGCCUAAUGCAUCAGUGCUCUCAAAGCCUAUUUUCUAUUUUGUGAGGGAUAUCAAUGCCAAUUUAGAAAUGAAUGACACUGACUUUGAACCUCAAGAUAAUAAAAUAUUAAAUUCAUCCAUUAAAAAUUCUAAAUGCACCAGUUCUCCAGAACCCAUACAUAUCCAGAACAAAAUUCCUGUUCCAAAUAAAACACAACCUGCAAAAACUGAGUCAAAAGAAAAACAUAGGAGGGAUACAUUGAAUUCCAGUACUACACCUGUUGAAGCAUCUGAGAACAUGACCCUUAAUGUGAAUCAAACAGUAGAAUACUCUUUUUCUGAACAAUAGAAUUCAAAAGUUUUAACUCAGAAUGCUGCCACAUAUUGGAAUGAAAUUCCACAGUCUGCAUGUACCCCAGUAUAUAAUUCUUCUGAGCAGUCAUUUGGAACUUCAUAUCCUUACUCUGCUUGGUGUGUUUAUCGUUACAGCAGCAGCAAUGGCAGUUCCAUUACCCCGACAUACCAGGGAAUAACAUCCUAUGAAGUACAGCCACCUCCUUUUGGGAUGUUGACUGCAGUUACAAGUACUGUUCAAAAUACACAUUCUAAUCUUUUGUACUCUCAAUAUUUUGGUUACUUUGCUGGGGAACGACAAGCAAAUGACUUUGUGCCAGUGAGUGGACAUUUUCGAUCUCAAAUGCCUGUUUACAAUUUUCAGCAGCCAGUUUUUUCACAGUAUGUUUCCCAUCAACCGGUCACUGCAUACCCUUGCUCUCCUGAUUUGGGUGUGCUUCCAGAAGUUCCUUGGACUUAA